AUGAUUGGCUUUGGCUUUGGCACUGGCUUUGGCUUUGGGUCGAUUGGUCUGCCACUUACAGCAAGCAUGGCGACGUACAAGGACGGGGUGCUUGUGGGGAAUUGGUAUGAGAACAGGUGCAAGGAGAGUGCAAGUGGAGCGGGCCAGGUUGCUUCGGGCACUGGUGCAGUGGAGGCUGCUGUGCCGCCUGAGAGCGAGUUUAUGGCCUCGUACACGGACCACAGUGCUGCGAGAGGCGGCCAGGCAGACCCGUCGUUGGCUGUGGUCACCACCCGGGCGCAUCAGUCGCUCCCGCCGCAUCUGUUCUUUGGCCACUCGGGAGGCGAGCUGCCAACGCAGCCGCAGGAGAUGGAGACCGCGACGAUCAACAUGCUGACACUAGGAGAGAAGCUCUCGGUGUCCGACGUCCUCAACGCGCCCCACACCCAGGCGCUCCCGCUUAGCGGCGUGGUGGCGCAGCGGACGAGCAGGCUGCGGAGAGCAGCAGCGGCACGGGCACAGGCGUCGUCGCCGUAUGUUUCGACCGCGCAGGCGACGUAUACCCCGAUUGAUGUCGCCACUGUGGCGCCGGUUCGGCGCUCUGUUCGCACUCGUGAGAUUACCGCUAACGCACCGGCAGCGCACCUCCCGCCGCCACCACCACCGCCAGGACCGCCGGCCUGGGUGCAGACCCGGAUCAGGGCGCGGCGCUGA